CCGCCCUCGUAACUCUGUCAAGUGUGCUUUUCGUAAAUAGUUUGUGUGUUUUCUGUGUACUAGCACUAGAGUUAGUCCUUCGUCUACAGUUGGAAUUUUGAUCGUAAAAACUUUUGAUUGUGAACUUGGGAUUAAAGUGAACUACUCAUAUGUGUUGUUUGUGCAUGGGAAAUGGGGAAACAAGCGAGUAAACACGCAUACAGAGGAAAAGAGCCUCCUGAUGCAGAAUGCUUUCUUAUCAAUGGUCAGUUAAACAAGGCUUUGGAGGAGCAGAUUCUGAAGCAAACAAAGACUGGCUUUAACCUGGCCAACUACAAUCUAGAUACCUCUCUGUCGGAACUGUCAGUCAGUCUGGAUAAUAAAGGAGGCAGCAUUCCACUCAGAGUGGAACUCCCUCCCCAGAAGAUGGAUACAGAGAAUCCCAAAGUUCUGGAGCUGGAACAGGACUUGGAGAAACCUCCUCUUAAUAUAGAAGAGUUUGAGUGUGGUGUCCAUUUUGAGGGGCUGGAGAAGAAUAAGCAGGAGUGGUCUUUUACACUGUAUGAUUUUGAUGGACACGGAAAAAUCACCAGAGAGGAUUUGUCAAGUUUAUUAAAAGCCUUAUAUGAUGCUGUGGGUUCUUCCAUCAAAAUCCCCUCCAAUGGAACAAAAACUCUGAAACUAAGGCUCACUGUAGGGCAGGACAACACACAGCUGUCAGAAAACAAGACCCCUACCAAGGGCAAAAAGGACAAAGUCAAGGACAGUGAUAAGGUGAAGGACACUCCCAAAUCAAAAGAAUUUGCUAAACUUAACAAUAAUCUUACUGCCACUCAUGUUCAGCUGCCUGCAAAGCAGUGCAAUAGUGACUUACAGGAAAGGGUGAAAGGACAAUGUCAAAACUCCUGUCAGGUCAAAGGUCAUAACCCCUGCACAGCUCAUGGUCAAGAUAAUGUGUGUUCUGGAUCCAAGAGGAUUCAACUGACAUCACAAGAAAGGCAACAGCUUGUGGAAUUGGUUCAGGAGAACAUGGAAAGAAACCAUGUGAAACAGUUAAGGAGACAUCACAGUGAUUGUCGAGGCAUCACAACUCAUGACCACUCUCACCACAAGCGGCGCCACAGAGGACACUGCCCCAAUCAGACAACCUGUAAUAAUCAAACCAGCAACAACACCACUACCAAUAAUAUACAAGAGGAACGUGCAAAGGAAAGCCAAGAUAGGCGAAACUACUACCUCGACUUAGCUGGGAUUGAGCAUAAUGCGCAAACCCAGUCCACGCAAAACCUCAACAACAGCACGGGACAAUCAGCUAGGAUUGGAGACAGUUUAGUUUCCCCUCGAUCAAAAAGUCAGGAUACAAAGAAAUGUGAUAACAUCCAGCGAGAAUCACAGAGAAUCAAACAACAGCAUUUAGACAGUGCUAAGACAGAACAUUCAAGGUCAAGGUCAUUUGAUCCACAGGAAACGGAGACAAGGUCACCCAAGGGGCAUCACAAAGGGUCACCGCACAAGCAUGGGCGAUUUCGGCCAGUAAGCUUGCCUAUGCAUGUUCCCGAUUCAAUGUCCCAUUACCACAGGCGUCAUCGCCAUAGAGACAAAGACCAUGACCUUGCCAUGCAACAAGUGGCAGAGUGGAUUGAACGUGAACAUGCGUGUGAUGUGGAUGGGGACAAAAUAGUGGUACAAAAGCAUGAACAUCAUCACAUACACGAACAUCACCAUCAUCAUCACUAUCAUCAUUAUUAUGAAGCAUGAAAGGUCAAAUGUCAUUGGAAUCCAUUAAUUUGUUGAAUCUUUUCUAGAGUUUAAUUUAAAAUUGUCAGAUUUGUUGUUAAUUUUUUUUUUUUUUCACUAUAAGGAUACACAUUUUUCUGUUGAUUGUAUAGCCCUUUCUUAAUGCUCAGAGUCGGGAAUACACCUGGCCUUUGAAUUGUAACUAUUCAUUUAUUUUUUUUUGUGAUAAACAAAUUUUCCUUGUCUUUUUUCAGUGUAAAUAAAUGUGUAAAAAAUACUCAGUCUCUCAUGUAUGUUACUUAACUGUAUACAUUUUCCUUGUCGUGAGGAAUUCAUGUCUGCUUCAUCAUUGUAUUGUAUGCUCAUUUUUUUCAGGUUUAUUAAUUAUCAAACAUUCAUACAGUAGUAUCAAAAAGCAUUUGCAAAUCACUCUCAUUUCAGUAAAUUAUUUGAAUGCAUGUAUAUAUUAUACAUGUUUGAGUUCAUUAAGUAUUCAAUUAAAAAAUGGCUAAAGGGUUUGAACUAUUUGAAACCCUGUUAUUUUGAUUUUUUUUUUUUUUUUUUUUGGAACAAUCAGAUCUGUUUGCCAGAUAGAUAGCAGUGUGUGUAUCUGUGAAAUGUAUUGAAUGUCUGGAAAUAAGUGAAUGAUAUAGAAUGAGAAAUAAAACUGAUUUCUGAUAUGUAUUCUCCCAUAAAGUUGCUAAAAUUAAUCCUUUAUCUAUGUUCUGAGUCUGGUUGUAGAUAAAAGAUUCGCUGUUUAAAAAGCUGUACCUUUAAUAUUUUUCUGAUUUUUUUUUCAUUGAAUAUGAGGCCUGUAAUGUAUUUUCUGGAUAGCCACUUUGAACUGUUUUCUCCCUAAAAUAAAGAUUUUAGUGGAAGAAAUGUCUUUAGGUACAAUGCAAAAAAUAUUCAGUUUUGAAUUUAGAAAAAAAAAAAAAAAAACUUGGAUGAAAACUUUGGUAUUGAUUUUUAACUUCUCAAAAAAUCACAGAAUUACAAAAGGCAGAAAAAAGAGUUUUGAUUUAUGUUGUUUUGAAUGUGUAUUGUUGAAUGAUUGCUUAAGAGCAGACAAUGAGAUUGAAUUGUCCAAAUUCUACCUCAGUUAAGGAAUCGUCAUGUGCUUCAAAUGUUUUGAAUAAGAAACCCUGCAUGUUUUAUUUUGUUCAACUUUGUAAAGUUUUUGAAUCUCGAUUUUUUUCCCAACCCCAUUUAUUACAGGUUUGAUUUUGUUUCAAAGCAAUAAUAUGAAUAGAUUAAUUUAAGAAACUGAAU